UCACCACCAAAAUAUAAGUAAGGCAGGUAUCUCAUAACAGCACGACAUACUACUACCCUCUGCCUUCUACCUCUAACCAAACCUCUUCCAACCCAAUUUUCCCUAAUACAAAGCUUGAAAGAUGGCUGGAGGUAUAGAAAAUGCUAAAAAAGCAAUUCGGAACCUGAGAAACUUUGAUGAGAAGGAGACUUUCUAUGGUGAAGUUUACAGUGUCUCCGGUCCCGUUGUCGUCGCCUCGAACAUGCUUGGUUGUUCAAUGUACGAGCUGGUUCGCGUCGGUCACCAGGAGCUUGUUGGUGAGGUGAUUCGUAUUUUUGAAGACAAAUGUACCAUUCAAGUUUAUGAAGAGACUUCUGGCUUGACUGUUGGUGAUCCAGUUCAACGUACAGGAAAGCCUCUUUCCGUCGAGCUUGGCCCUGGCCUUACAGAGACUAUUUACGAUGGUAUCCAGAGACCUCUGGAACGUAUCCACGCUGUUUCUAACAGUAUUUACAUUCCCCGUGGUAUUUACACAGAAGCUUUGGACCGUAACCGUAAGUGGGAAUUCACUCCUAGCAAGGAUUUCCGCGUUGGUGAUCACAUUUCUGGAGGUGAUGUGUACGGUACAGUUUUUGAAAACUCUCUCUUUAAUUCACAUAAGAUCAUGCUGCCUCCUCGCGCUCGAGGAACGAUUACACACAUUGCCGAGGCUGGUUCGUAUGCUGUCGACGAAACCAUUUUAGAAGUUGAAUUUAAUGGCAAGAAACACUCUUUUAGCAUGAUGCACCACUGGCCUGUUCGUGCACCUCGUCCCGUUGCCGAUGAUUUGACUGCCAACCAGCCUUUGCUUACUGGUCAGCGUGUUUUGGACGCUCUUUUCCCUUGUGUUCAAGGUGGUACCACCGCUAUUCCUGGUGCUUUCGGCUGUGGUAAAACCGUUAUUUCUCAAUCUCUCUCUAAAUACUCCAACUCUGAUUUGAUUGUUUAUGUUGGUUGCUUCGCUAAAGGAACUGAAGUUUUGAUGGCCAAUGGUGCCGACAAGAAGAUUGAGGAUGUUGUCAUUGGUGACAAGGUUAUGGGUAAGGACGGUAGACCUAGAGAUGUCGUUGCCCUCCCUCGUGGCUUUGACACCAUGUAUACUGUUUCCCAAAAGAUUUCACGCAAGGGAGCUAAAAGCUCGAACAACCUUUCCUACACAUGCAAUGCAACUCACAAGCUUGUCCUCAAAACUCCUCAGCAAAUCUCUCUUGUUGAGCAGGUUGUCCGUGGAAAGAAGCAAAGCUCCGUUUCCUUCCUUCGUCUUGCUGACGUUGUUGUUGGAUCUUCUCGCGGCGGUGACCGUCGUCGUAUUCAAAUUGUUAAGAAGGUUACUAAGUCCUUCCAACACGAGCCUCGCGGUGUUGAAAAGGCUCGCGAGCUCGCCAUGGAAUUUUUGUCUACCAUUGGCGACGAUGAUAUCUACUGGACAAUUGAGGCAAGAGAUUACACUCUUGUUUCGCAGGAAGUCCGCGAACUUACCCAGCAAAUGAUUAGCCCAGUUUUGUUUGAGAAGGCCGAUUUGCAAAAUCGUCUGGUCAAAAGAGGAAUUAGUGCCAAGUACGCCUCUGAAGCUGCUUAUUUACUUGGUGUAUGGGUUGGUGCUGGUUUCUCAAGAUCUUCCGCCUUCUCCCUCUACGAAGAGGAUUCUGAGCUCGUUUCUCGUAUCAUUUCUUUUGGAAAGGCUUUGGGCUUGAAGGCUGUUACCGCUGAGCACAAUCCUCGCACAGUUAAGAUCGUUCGUGGCGAGCUUGGAGUUGACGGUACCUUCACUUCUGAAGUUGAGGACCUUGUUGAGGUCGUCGAUUUCCAAGAGGGAAGUGAGAUUCCCGCCUGGGAACAACGUGGUAACCUCUCUGUUUCUUUUGAGGGUAACACGGACAACGUUUUCUGGAAGCUUAUUUCAGAUCUUGGCUUCUCUGGUGCUGUCAAGUCUAUUCCUUCUCAUUUUGCCUAUGAGAGUUUCCCUGUUCGUGAAGCUUUCCUUGCAGGUCUUAUUGAUGCUGAUGGUUCCGUUAAGCACGGUGAUUUGUCGUCUGCCCACCUUAGCACGACAUCUCCCAAGGUUCGUGACGGUACUGUUAGAAUCGCACGUUCUCUUGGUAUCUCUGCAUAUGUUUCCACCAAGUCUGAGCAAAUUGUUGAUGGUGUAUACUACCCUGAAACUUACACUAUUGAAUUGGAGGGUAACGAGGCUCUGCAGUCUGUUUUGAGCAAAUCUGCUCUUAGCUCCAACGUUGCUCCCGCUCCUGGCAGCUUUGAGCGCAAGGCUGUUCCCAUGUACUUCGACCUUGGUAUUACCACCCCUGCUAAUUACUAUGGUGUUACUCUUGCUGAGGACUCCGAUCACCAAUUCUUGUUGUCCAAUCUCACUUUGGUUCACAAUUGUGGUGAGCGAGGAAACGAGAUGGCUGAAGUUUUGAUGGAUUUCCCUGAGUUGAGUAUUGAAAUUGAGGGCCGCCAAGAGCCUAUCAUGAAGCGUACCACUUUGGUUGCUAACACUUCGAACAUGCCUGUCGCUGCUCGUGAGGCUUCCAUUUACACUGGUAUCACCUUGGCUGAGUACUUCCGUGAUCAGGGUAAGAAUGUUGCUAUGAUGGCUGACUCUACUUCUCGUUGGGCCGAAGCCCUUCGUGAAAUUUCUGGUCGUUUGGCUGAAAUGCCUGCUGAUUCUGGUUACCCUGCUUAUCUCGGAGCCAAGUUGGCAUCUUUCUACGAGCGUGCCGGUCGUGUUCGUUGUCUUGGUAGCCCCAACCGUGAGGGUACCGUUUCCAUUGUUGGUGCUGUCUCUCCUCCCGGUGGUGAUUUCUCUGACCCCGUUACGAGUGCUACUCUUGGUAUUGUUCAAGUGUUCUGGGGUUUGGACAAAAAACUCGCUCAGCGCAAGCAUUUCCCAUCUAUCAACACAUCUCUGUCGUACUCCAAGUACACUGAAGUGUUGAAGCCUUGGUACAGUGAAAAUGUUACUGGUUUCACUUCGCUGCGUGAUCAAGUGAAGGAGAUCAUUCAGCAAGAGGACUCCAUGCUUGAAAUUAUUCAACUGGUUGGUAAAUCUGCUCUGUCCGAGCCCGAUAAGGUUACUUUGGACAUUGCCACUAUCAUCAAGAAUGACUUCUUGCAACAGAACGGUUACUCUGACUAUGACCGUAAUUGCCCACUCUACAAGACUUUCUACAUGCUGAAGGCAAUGGUCUCAUACUACCACAAGGCUCGUGCUGCUGUGGAGAACGGCAAUGUUCCCUGGGCUAAGAUUAAGGAAAGUACUGCUGACCUUCUUCAUGAUCUGUCUUCUAUGAAGUUUGAAAACCCUGCUGAUGGCAAGGAAGUUUUGGUCGACCGCUAUAACAAACUUUUGGAGAAGAUUGACAUGCGCUUCCAAGCUCUGUCCGAGUAAAAAGCAUUUUACUUGGGAUAAUUGUGUUGUUUCUUAAUACACAGGCCGAGUCUUUAUACCUUACAGAUACUUUUACCCACUUUUCAGCGCGUUCAUUCUGAUUCUUUAAUAUUUUUUCCACCGCGCAAGUAAAGUGUGCAGUUUUUUACAUUUAAUACGUAUAAUGUUGCACUAUCUUUUACCUUAUGUUCAUAAUAAACUUUACAAAUUAAUUUUCACAGUCGGUGAAGCUUCUCAUAAAUCGUGUAAUUCUAUGUUGAGUGUAUUGGUUCUAUGAGGGAAGAACAUAUCCUAUUUUGUCAUAAAUUUUCAUGAAAAGUGCUAGUUAA